AUGCGUUUAGCUGUUAAACAAUGUGAAGGCAAUGCAGCAUAUUUGGCAGAAAUCGAAUCAAGGGAGGAAAACGAUUGGAUUUCUAGCCUCAUACGUGAUUAUUGUGUAAAAGACUCGCCUUGGUGUCAUACCUGGAUUGGUGCCCGCGAUAUUGUACACGAGGGCGUCUUCACCUGGGGUCGUUAUGGAAACCAAGUCACGUUCACCCACUGGGCACUUGGUCAGCCAGAUAAUGCGGGCAGCGUAGAACACUGCGUUCAUCUUUAUGCGGACGGACUGUGGAACGACAUGCCUUGUCAAGUAUCUAUCUCGUUUGUUUGUGAAAAGAACAUUGAAUUGAAUAACCAGAGUGACGGAGUGAUAAUAACUCGGGAGCAAGUUUGAAGGGAUGCAUGUAGCAGGAAAUUAUUUUUGAUGUAUCGCCGGUUUUUGAAAGACGAGAAAGAGAAUUUUUU